CGCGCACAUGCGCAGAACGACAGGUGGUCGCCGACUCGACCCAGCCGUCCCGACUGAACCUAUCGACUUCUCGUGCUCAUCAUCAGCCGCUUUCGUGCUCUAGCAAGAACGAUAUGCAGUGCUUUGUGUUGAAGUGCUCGUGGUGACAUGGCGUCCCUUUUUUAACCGUUGUAGAUGGUGUGAAAUCUUUCAAAAUAUAGUGUUUUUAAAAUGAGUGUGAACUAUGAUCUUGUUUGUAGACUGUGCUUGUCAUCUCGAGGCGAAUUACUGCCGAUUUUUCCUACCACCAGUUCCGAUGACUCGGAACCUCCCGUCCUCGCUUCGAAAAUUAAGGAUUGCGUGUCCAUACAGAUAACCGAAAAUGACGACUUGCCGACAAAUAUCUGCAGGAAAUGCGUGGACAAUGUCAAUAACUGGCAUGUAUUCAAGUCUGUAUGUGAAAGGACUCAAAACAAACUACAGUCUCUGAUUAAUAAAGAUGGCAGCCAACUAGAAGAGGUGAAAAUAAAGAGUGAACCAUUAUCUGAUGAGGCUUAUGAUGAUGGAGUUGUUAUUGAUGGAUCCUACCAUGACAGUGAGAAUGCCACAUCAAGUAAAGUGCAGCCAGAAGGGCCUCCAAUCUUGGCGUCGCUGGGGCUCACGCCAAGGAGUGAUAAGGGCAUGGAGAGUGAAAAAGACGAAGAUGAAGAAGAGGAAGAGAUGAAUGAAUCCGCUCAAUCCUAUACCAAGGUUGCAAAUAUGCCCGAAGUUUCUAUCACGGUGAUGCGUCCGUCAGGUGAAACGCUGCACGCACGACAAGGUAUCCAACAAUUAGCAUCCAAAGACUGUCUCGUUUGCGGGAGGUCUUAUAGAUACUCUCACAAUGCCAGACGGCACGAGCUUACGGCUCAUAGUUUCGACAGGUACACCAAUAAAAUCACAACCAAGAAAUCUCACCUGCGUCUGCAACCUAAAUUGAGACCUAACCCCUUCAACCCAAAGGCGAGAUUAAUGCCAAAUCCUAUUAGCCAUAAAAUGCAAUAUAUACCUAAGAACAUCCCAGCCAAAAUAAUACCCCAGAAGAUCAUCACCCCGCCGAAACCCAUCCCUAUUAAAACAGCGAAAGCUCUUCAAAAUAAUUUGCCAUAUCCCCUUCGAAUUAAGGCGCUCAAGGACUUACAAAUAAAGAAAAAAGAGCCCCAGAUUUUGAAAACACUGCUGACUGCUAAACCUGAAGUUCUGGUGUCCGAGCCAGAGAUUAUAAAUUCCGGUCCAGAAAGUCCUGAAACACUAAUAUCUGAACCGGAAAUCGCAUCAUUCCAAGUAGAGGCUAUAUUGUCCGAACCGGACCACGAGGCUUAUGAACAUCACCAAGGAGACGAUGAAGUCGAUGGUGAAAUGCACAAUAAUCAAAAUCCAAACUAUGACACGGUCGAUAUGGAUUCUGAAAAUGAAAUUGAAAUUGCCAGACAACAAGAACACGACCAAGACGGUGAUCAAAUGGAAUCCCAGGACAAUAUGCAUCAUGAUGAUGACAAUAACAUGGACGCGGGUCACAGUGAUAAUGAGAAAGAGCAUAAUGAUGAAACUGUUGACAGUCAAGAUCAAAUGGUGAUCGAUGAGGGCACUGAAAUUAAAACCGAGGAGGACGAUGGUAAGGAAGAAGAAGGUAAUGAAGACAAAGAACCUGAGGAAAAUGAACAUGAAAUGAAUAAUGAAGAAAACGAUGAUGAUGAUGAAGAGUUGCCGCCUAUCGCGCCGGUGGUCGAAAUCAACGAAGACAUCCAAGGUAACUCUUACAAUAGUGAGUUAAACGAAAUGAAUGAGGAGGAGGAGGAAGAAGAACUUGAUGAGACAGCAGAUCCUAACGAAGCUGCCGACGCAAAAGAACUCGACCCUAACAAAGUUUACGUGACAAAGACCCAAAGAGAUUUUAUUCGGAGGUAUCGCGAUGUCAUUGAGCAAAUUAAUACAAAGAGAUGUUUGUGCUGUGACCGAGAACAUCCUCGACGGAAAGCAGUCAUACAGCACUUACAGAAAAAUGGACACAAAGUUCCCAAACAUACAUGCUACAACUGCGUCAUUACUUUUGGCCAUAUAGGGGCUUUACUAAGCCACAUGAGAUCAAACUCAUGUACUGAUCUCUGGAAAAUAAUAUACAACGAAAAUGGAAUUACCGAUGACUUAGUUCUUCAAGAUGGACCUAAGGAUACCAAGGUUCAAUAUAAGGAUAUUUUCAACGCUAGAUCUUAUGCGUGCAAACUAUGUCCAGCUAAAUUCCAAUUGAAGCAAUUUAUAAUGAAACAUAUGAUGGACGUGCACGAAGAUGGACAAUCCAGGGUGCCCCUCGGCUGUGUCCAUUGUCGAGCCAGAUUCAAAGACAAGAAUUUAUUGAAAAAACAUAUUCGCAACGGUGAAUGCACUGUUUAUAUAUCUUGCGAUUUAUGUUCGGAAAAAUUCGGAAAUAUGCAAGAUUUUAAUGACCACGCACUGGCGGUACAUGCCGGUAGUUUUGAUCAGUCGGACAACGCGAACAAAUGUGUAGACGGUCGGCCGACUGAUUGUCCGAUAUGUGGCAAGAAGAACCAAAACUACACACUGUUAGUAAAGCAUUUGAAAACCAUUCAUAAUGAAGAGAAACCACAUUAUUGUAAACAUUGUGAUGCAAAGUUUGAGCAAGCUGCUGACCUAAACAAACACAUUUACAAGGAGCACUCUGACAGAUCAAUGAUCAUGCAGAGUAGUGAACCCGACAUGUCUUUGGUGAAAGAGGAGGCUGAAGAGUACCAUUACUCUUGUACUGAAUGCAACGCCAUAUUUGAGACUGUGGACGCUUGGACCGAUCACCAAGUCGCUGAACAUAAUCAGGUCGCUCACCACUGCGAUCAAUGUGAUAAGAAGUUCCUACGUCCUUCGGAACUCGCGGAGCAUAAGAACACACAUUUGCGUGUGAAAUUCUACCCGUGCAGUGUUUGCUCAAACUCUUACAGCACUCCACAGAAGCUUUCAGAACACGUGCAACAAGCACAUCCCGGAGUUCGAACAAUGGCCUCGGCAGACUCUGAAUUCUAUUGCGACAUUUGCAUCCGAUCAUUCAAAAGUCGUCAGGCUUAUUCUAAUCACAUGCGUAUCCACGCGAAGGUGCCGACCACUAACAGAAAACCAGGUGAACCUAAGAGUUUUGCACCACAGAUUAUUGGAAAACCGAUCAAACAGUUUUCUAUGAUGCAGCCUGGAGUGGUCUCAUUCAAGCCUAGUUACAAUGUUCCUAAUGCACCUUAUUGCUGCGAUUUGUGUGGCAAAGGGUUUAUGCACAAAAAGAAUAUAUGGAAGCAUAAGAAAGUGUUACAUGCUGAUAUUAUUAAUGACAGAAACGACAGCGAGGAAAACACAAUGCAGGCGUCUACUGAAGAGGAGGAAUUCAAUAAUGAAGAAAAUGGCACAGGCCUGUCGACGCCGCAAUUUAACAGUUUCAAUUUCGCGAACUUCUCGAGCAAUUUACAACAAUCGCAACAAGAGUCUAUGCCCUACUCAUGUGAGCUAUGCUUCCAACGAUUCCCGCUGCGAAGUAGUUUAUGGAAACAUAAACAAAACAAGCACGGUAUUAUAAAUUCAAAUCUUGACGCCUCAGAAACCCAUUCUCAGGCGUCGGGAGGUGACGGCAGUAGCAGGUCUAGUUGUACCAUUUGCAAAAUAUCCUUCGCGGACAAGAAAUCCUACUACAGACACCGUAAGAAUGUCCACAAAUCUUCUGUUCAAAUGUGCAAAUUAUGUGGCAAGCCACUGAGCUCUACCCUAGAACUUUACGAACAUUUGAAGUCGACUCACGCACGGGAACUGUUGGGAUAUAACGCAAACCAGGGGUCGAGCAAAUCUCAAGAACCACCUCAAGAUAUGGAACCCGAUGACGAUAACGAUAAUGAGGCCGCCGACCCGAGUGUAGAUUAUCAGGCAAGAUACCCUUGCGACACUUGCGGUAAACAAUUUGUCGGAUUGCUCGCUUUGCAGAACCAUCAAUGUAUCAACCAAUUACCUGCGCAACCACAGACGUUUGACUGUGAAAUUUGUCAUAAGAGCUACACAUCCAUCGCCGCGCUGAAAAGUCAUCGCGGUUGGCACUUGCGCUCUCCCGACGGCAAAGCGGCCGCCAAUAAUUCUGGCCUGUGGAUGCCGCAGCAUAAAGUGACUAAUAAGGUGAGCAAGUAUGAGGUCGUGGACCCAUCCCAGUUUGCGAAAGUAACACAUUCAACUCCCGCCUCAGUCGCCAAGAGAAGAUUACCACCCGAAGUGGAAGUGACCGUCGUCAACCCAAACAAGAAAUUGAGGUCUGACGAUUCGAUGGAAAUGGAACAGCACAGCUCGGGCGCGGUCGAAGACAGGUACUGCACGAUUUGCGACAAAGAGUUCACCAAACGCGCCGCGUACCAGCGCCACAUGGACGAGGUCCAUCAACCAAAUUCGGUGUUCUGUCCGGUGUGCGACAAAAGUUUCACCAGAAAAUCUACGCUGUUAGUGCACAUGAAGAAGCACUACGAAGGAGGCGAGGGGAGUUCGUCGAUGACGGCGAACAUGGAAGACGAGUACUCGUGCGAGCUGUGCGGCGCGGCGUGCGAGAGCGCGAAGGCGCUGCGCGUGCACCGCGAGCGGCACCACGGCGAGGACUCGGCCGAGUCGGAGGACGAGCCGCCUGCGCCCGCGCCGCCGCCCGGCGAGUUCACGUGCGCGCAGUGCGGCGACGGCGUGGCCACCCCGCGCGACCUCAUCGCGCACCGCACCAUGCACGCCACGCCCACCGGCUUCUACUGCAACAUUUGCAAGGUGUACUUCGCGAGGGCCAUCGAUCUCUCCACGCACACUCGCGCCAGACACCCGGACUACAAAAAAGUAUUCUUCCACUGCUCCAUAUGCGAACGGUCCUUUAUGAAUAAGAAAAAUUUACAGAGACACAUAGAAAUGACGCACUGAUCCUAUACUCCUUGUCUAAUGGCGAUCCGAGCGCGUAGUGAGCGAGAUGGUGUUCGCUGGACAGUGUGCCGGGCCGUGCGCUACACACCAGAGUUGAAGUUGAAGUGGUGGCAGUGGUGCGGGUCUCAAACAAACGUGCGAUACACUUUUUUUAUUGUAAAUAGAUUUUGUCUACAUUUAUACAUACUCAGACAUCCACAGUUUCACAAGAAUGUGAGUGUCUUAGAAUAGUAUAGUUUCCAUUUUAAUUUCGUUUGUUCUUGUCGAUAAGUCUUUGCUCACAUUACGGUUAUUUAUUAUUUUAUCGUGCGUUCCGAGUGAUCGAUGUGGUUUGUUUACGUGUUAGCGACAUUACAUUUAAAACUUUCGACUCACUUGGACUCUAUUCUAGACAUAUUUUGUAUGUUAUGUAAGUACUUAUCAUGAUUUGAGAAUGAUAACAAUUAGGUGAAAAUUAAUAUAAUGGUUAAUUUUAUCUUUUAAUGUUGGAAAAACGGGCCAAAAUUAUGAGCAUAGUCAAAAUCAGUCAAAACCAGUGUUAGGUAAAUAAGUGUCAUUUGUUUAUUUUAAAUGAUGUGUGACUAAGCUGAAUGGUGUCUUGGGAUCAGAAUGAUCUCCGAGUGAUUUAUUUUUAAUUUUAAAUGUUAGUUCAACUACAAAUAUUAUGUAAAUAUAAUAUUGCAAUUUCGGGAACUAUAUGAGUUAAUGGAAAGCUCGUUUGUGUUUAAAAUGUACUGAUUAUUUUAAAUAAUUACAAACUAUAUAUUUUGUAUAAAGUGACCACUAAGGACAUAUCUCCUCAUCUAUGGCAACAAAUGUAAUUUAGUAAUACACGACGUAACGGGGCCUAAUCGCGAGUUGUAAAACUAAGAUAAAUAUAAGGAAAUUCUCUUCAUGAUUACAUUUAAAAAACUUUUUAAUUUUAUAUAAAUCGUUAUAAAUAUAAAUUAUUUUUGUCAUUUAUCACGAGCCGUGCCAAAAUAAAAAAAAAAAAAAAGUUAUUUUGCCUCAUCGUUAUACAAACUAUAGCACAUAUUUAUGAGAAACUGUUCCUGUUAUAUACGUUAGAUCUUAAAUUGUACGAUGUAGCCACAGAUAAGCGCUUUAUAAAUGAUAACCCAUUAAGAUUGUUUUAAUUAAAAAUCAAAUGUACAGUCAAUAUGUCGUUUCCUAGAUUUUAACUCCACUCUAAUACGCAGUUUUCUCCGAGACCGAUAGUAAAUAAGCAAUAUUUUACCUGUAAUCAAAAUCAAUUCAUCAGGCAUAUAAUUACAAAAUGCAAAAAACUUUAUCAAUAUAAAAAUAUUGGUUAGUAAAAAUUGUGUGAAAUAUAUUUGUAGCAGAAAUCAUAAUGAAAAUUUAUUGUAAAUUUUAUCGAUGAAUUAUGAUAGUUUAAAAAUGAUCUAAGAUUAUUAUACUAUAGUUGCUUGAUAUUAUGGUGACUGAAAUACUAUCCCCCUUAUUCAUAGACGUUAUUUAUCUAAGGACGGCGCUUUGCUGUGAUAACAAGUCUGUUUCUCAGCUUUGUUUAUCUGACAGCUUGUUGUUUGUUCAGCUUUGUCUGACAGCCAACUAGAUUCAAGUUGUAUCUCAAUAUUAUCCAAUCACAACGGCCCUAUUUCUACGCACUGCGAAGGCUGCCAUGCCGUCAGAACUGAGAAACACAAUUGUUUUCACAGCAAUGCUCCGUCCUUAGAUAAAUAACGUCUAUGAAUAAGGGGGUAAUAAUACAAAUAUUACACUGCCUUGUCGCCUAUAUGCUUAUUUGUCCAACCGAGUUUUUUCGCAUAAGUUAUUAAUGCAGAAUUGAUAUCUUUUCAAUCGAUUACAGUCGAUUACAGCUGUGUUGGUGCCAACUAACAUUUCUCGGUUUGACAAAUAAACAAUGAUGAGUCGAGUUUUUUAUUCGACGGAGUAAUUUGACAGAUGCAGUGUUGCCAGAGGUACAGGAAUUUUAAUAUUUAUUAAGUGAAUGUUUUCGACACUUAGGUACAAGUUUAUUAUUAUUAAGUAUUCAAUAUUAAAUGGUAAAAUGUAAUGCACCCUGGUGGCGUUACAUAUUAUAUGCCAAGACGAACUGAAUGAACUGAUUCAAGAGAAUGAAAGUAUGAAAUAUGUGGGUAUGAAUUUGUGCACAGAUAAAAAUAAGAGUAAAGGAGGCAUAAUCUGAUUUUGGAUCGUUUACAAUAAAGAAUUAAAAAUUCCAUUUUUUAAUUCAAAAGGACUGAGGGUUAACUGGCAACAUUCGUGCAUUUACAGUUGUCAAAUUACUCUAUCGAAUUAAAAACUCAAGUACACGUAUUGUUAACGAAAUAGUAUUUGUACCUAUGUACAACAUAAUGUAUAAGUUGGUUAAAUACCCACACAGUUAUCCAGACAUGAAAUUAUUGUUAAACAUAACGAGACCAUAAAAAUAAAAACCUCGCUAUUUUUCGGGAAAAUGUGGAUGUACCGAAGCCGUAAACGUUAACUUUGAUGGUGGUAGGAUAUAUUUUAUAUCCGCCUGGAUAGCGACCGUCUAAAAGGUAGAGUUGGAUAGGACAUGACAUGAAAAAGAGUUUGUAAGAGUAGCCUCUUAGCAUUGAGCCGGUACAAAGUCCUACUUCAAAUGAGGCGAGGCUUACUGAGGCUCGGCGCUUCUAUGUGCGCCUUACAGUAUUUUGUAAUGUUAACACUCAAAACAUUUCUCUCUCGCUCGCGACUCGAAACGCAGUAACGUAAUGUUCAUUGUAAAAUAACGUCCUAUUGUAAUUUGUAGCAUGCAGUUCUCUAACUCUGUAUUCGUCCUAUAGUUUAAGAGACGGCGAAUGAGUAACCAUCUGCUGCGACAUAAAAUUUGAAAUAGUACAAUAUAUAAUUUUGAGCCACUUACAUCUUGACGUCAUGUACGGGAAAAAUGUACCGCCUACUAAACGUUACCAAAAGGUAUUAAAGCCCGCCAUAGUGUCCCACGUAAGUUUGUCGCAGUCCGGGAUCAACCUGUGUAUAUCCAGUUCCAACAGGACGGCAUAGUUGUGUUGAUUGCCGAGUAGUCAUGUUUUGUCAGUUGACGAUUCUAUUCGCUCCCAACCCAGUUACCACUGGGUGCAGUGGGUCACUAUUCAGUGAAAAAAAAUGCGCCCUAAAGCAGGUUAUUUUAUUGUCCUGGUCUAUAUUUAACAAUACUUGCAUGUCUGUAUUAUCGUGAGGUGUUAUAAAAAUCAAACAUUGCAGACAAAAAUUACUUGUGCAUGAACAUAUUUUUUUUAGUUUCAUGAUUUGUAGGAGGUACGGACAUCUUGCUGUUUCUUUGAAAUUUUGACUAUGGCGUUUUGUCAAUCGGUGCAUGCGAUUUCAUAUAAAUAUUACCCUAAAUCAUUGCCAAAAAUAAUUUAAACAAAACAAAUAUUCUAUUGGUGAUUUUUAUGUUUAGUAUUACGCAAUAUAAAUGAUUUCGUAAGUUAUAGCAUUAUUUAUUGCAUCAUAACCAUAUAUUCAGUUUGUUCUAUGUUUUAUACCUAUGUAUAGCCUGUCCAAGAAAAUAAAAAACCUGCUAUGAGGUCGCCACUUUUGCUUUUACGUUUUAAAAUUAAUGGUGUCGAUAUAAAAAAAAGCUCUAUAUUUUACAACAUAGCCAGAUUUUUUAUUAUCCUAGGUAUAUUUUUUAUCUAUCCCUGAAAAUAUAGUUAUUGAGACUCGAAACUGUCAUGAUACUCAUGGCUUAUAGUAACUUGUCAAUUUAAUGCAAUUAUCAUUUUGUCUAUAGAUCUCGGUGAGAAAUGUGUUGUAGAAUUAUUUUAGGCCAUUUAGUAUGUUAAAACGGUACCUUAUUAAAUAUAUUGUCCAUAGGUGAGGUACACCUUUGUCAUCUUUGUGGUUUGAUAAAUAAAGUGACUUAAUGAUUAUUA